AUGGAUGAUAGGUACAUAAAGAUUGAAAAAGUUGGAGAAGGGACAUUUGGUGUGGUAUAUAGAGGCAGAGAUCAAAAAACAGGAUGCGUUGUUGCAUUAAAAAAAUUUCGUAUACAAAAUCAGUUUGCUGGUGGUGGUAGUAGUAUGCCAGGCAUACCUUAUACAGCCAUUAGAGAAAUAUCAAUACUAAAGAGAAUUAAUAAUAAGAACAUUGUGAAAUUAUUAGAUACAGUUCAAUCUGAAAAUAAUAUAUAUUUGAAAUUUUUGUGGCAAUUAAUGAAUGGCGUUUGUUUUUGUCAUUCGCAUCGAAUUCUCCAUCAAGACUUGAAACCGCAUAACUUGUUGAUUGAUUCUAAUGGGAAUUUAAAAUUAGCUGAUUUUGGAUCAGCAAGAGUAUGUAGUCUUCCAAUAAAAGCUCAUACUCAUGAGGUUGUAACUUUAUGGUACAGAGCACCUGAAAUACUUCUCGGAUGUCAACAAUAUUCAACUGGUGUAGAUAUUUGGAGUGUAGCCUGUAUAUUUGCUGAAAUGUUUUUGAAUGAUGCUUUAUUCAGAGAGUAUUACAGAUGUAUUUAUGGGAGACAUGUUAAAACAUUAGAGAAUAUGGGUCUUACAGAAGACAAUAUUGAUGGAAUGUGUGAAGGAAUGGAUAAAUAUUCAACAAAAUGGCUUAAUGAGAAGUAUCCAAAAUAUCAAAAAACAAUCAUUGAAGGAUAUGAGUUACCAGAUUUCAACAAUAAUAAUGGGCAACAAGACAAAGCUAUAAUAAACUUGGUGCGAGAAUUACAAGAACUUGGACAACCAUCAUCGGAAAUUCUUCAAAGAUCUAAUUUACGUUCUAAUUGUAAACCAAUGUAA